AAAAAAAAAAAAAAAAAAAAGAAACCAGGAAAAAAAUUACCCGGGAAUUUUCCAGAGAAGGUUCAGGAACCAUAAAGAGAAAGGGAAAGAAGAAUAAAAAGGAAAUCUCCGGUCAAUUAUGACCAGCAUGGUUCAGCCGGACCUGGGUCCUCCGCCUGCCGCAAAGUACAAGGAAGAAGCGUCUGAUGAUCCGCUUCGACACCACAGUGCUCCGGGACGACUCGCACCGCAUCAUCUGCACAGUCUGCACCACCCUCGAUCCGUGGGUCUUGUCCAUCAGCAUCACUCUCCUCGCUCUGAGUCCCCUCAUCAUCCGCCGACCUCCAUUGCUUCGGGUCCCUACGCGACGCCGACUUCUCUGGCAAACGGCGUGCUGCCUCCUCAGUCGCACUACGGCCAUCCGCCUCCAGAGCCCUCGUAUUACGCCUCACACCCGUCAGCUGCGUACACCACGGCCAGCGGUCCGGCACAGUACCAGUCUACUGGCCCCCCCGACCUGAUGGCAGCGUCUGCGCAAAUGCAGCGCCCAUACCCACCCAUCUAUCACACACCGCAAUCUGGAUCACCAGCCUCGGUCACCUCCCAGGCGCACGACCAGCACGGUCGUAGCCUGUACAGCCAGCCUCCGCAGAUGACCUCUCCCAUGUACGGAUAUCCCCCGUACUCCUCACUCAACCCGGUGCAACCCUCCGGCUAUCCGUCACACCACCCGUCCUCCCAGCCGCACCCGAUGACCUCCCAGCCGUUAAUUAUGCCGCCCAGUUCGGCACAUAUGUCGCAUCCGGGCGCGACUGCACCGCCGCCACCGCCUGCACCGCCUCCACUGCCAUCGACGGCGAUGCCAGGUAGUCUUUCGGGGCCCCCGCCCCCGCCGCAGCAGGCCGGAGGUGGAGGAGUAGUAGGGGGCUCGCUGACGACCAGCCCCAGCAUGAAGCUGGAGCCUGUAGGCCCGCAACACACGCCGCCGCAGCGGACAGUGCUGAACCCGCCACACGCUGUGUCGGCGGCGGGGCCCACCGCGGUGCACCAGAGCUCCUCGAUCGGGGCGAGCUCGAGCGCGGCGCCCGGCCCGAUCCCCGCGACAACGCCGCUGGUCGUGCGCCAGGACAGCAACGGGGUCCAGUGGAUCGCGUUCGAGUACUCACGCGACCGGAUCAAGAUGGAGUACACGAUCCGGUGCGAUGUCGAGUCCGUCAGCGUGGACAAUCUCAGCCAGGAGUUCAAGACGGAGAACUGCGUCUACCCGCGCGCCUGCUGCAGCAAGGACCAGUACCGUGGCAACCGGCUCGUCUACGAGACCGAGUGCAACGCCGUGGGUUGGGCCCUCGCCGAACUCAACCCGGCUCUGCGUGGCAAACGUGGGCUCAUCCAGCGUGCCGUUGACUCCUGGCGCAACAGCAAUCAGGACCCACGCCUGCGCAGCCGCCGCGUCCGCCGCAUGGCCAAGGUGAACCGCCGCAAUGUUCAGACCAACGCUGCCGCUGCUGCUGCUGCUGCUGCCGCCGCCGCUGCCGCCGCCGCUGCAGUGGCUCCUCCACCCCCACACAUGGCUGGUCCCGUCGGGCCAGGGAGCAUGGCCGCCCCCGCCCGGCCGGGGAUCGGGCCCCUGAGCUUGUCGCAUCAGCUGCACCAUCACCAUGCCCAACCGGAGGGGCAUGUUGGUGAGGAAGUCGGUGCCGUCGACUACACGACACCCCACCACCACCACCAACAACAACAGCAACAACAACAACAACAACAACAACACCGCCCAUCGUCGAGCGGACCAGGACCGGGACAGGGGCCUGGGCCCACGCACCCACACGCGCACGCACCCUCCGCCGGCCCGAGCCCUGACCCAUACCGCCCCGCCCAGAUCUUCCACGGAUACCCAUCGUACCCCGGCGUGAGCUCCGCAGGAAGCGGGCCCUCGAUGCCCCCCUUGCUGAGAGAAAGUGGGAUCCAUAGCGCAGGAACACUUGGUCGCCACAGCAUUGCUGCAUCAGCAGAAGUACACUCCAGAAUCGUGCAUGGAGAAGGAGAAGGAGAAGGAGAAGAUCGGAAUGAAGAAGAAGGCGAUGCUGAAAGACCUUCUUCAGGCGAAUUGUUCGGCCACCUCCCCGACGGCAAACGACGGAAAUUCAUCCUCGUCGACGAUGCUCAACGCGGGUGUCGCGUGCGGGUCAAGGUAACGCUCGACUCCGUCCAGAUGGACGAGAUACCUGAUUCCUACCGCUUAUCGAACGCGGUAUACCCGCGUGCCUAUUUCCCUGUUCAGAUGAAGACUCCCGUCGUGACCCGUGGCGGUCGUUACGCAGAAACGACAACGGAUACGGAUGACCCCACCGAAGCAGUUCUCCAAGGAAGUACCCUCGUCCUCGCCCCUUCUCUGGACGGCGAAUCCAUCAGUGUCCCCAAGGUUUCCCGCCAUAGACGUCGGAGGGAUAUCCUUUUGAAUGAGCUCGGGUAUAGGAUGAGUUGGAGCCAGAGUAGGGUAUUCUCCGGCAGAACGCAAUUCAUGCAGAAAUCACUUGACGCAUAUCGCUCCAAAAUGAGGAAUACAAUGCUCGCGGCAGGGCAGGAUGUCGCUUCCAUCCCGGCCCAUCUGGAAACGAGACCUGGGAAGAGGCGGUUCCUGGCAAGGGGGAAGGAUAGAGGGGCUUCUGCUUUGAGGCGAGAGGCAGAGGAGGUUGAAUGAUUAUGAAUCUAUGAUGUUACCACCUGAUGUUUAUGACGAUACGAUUUUCUUUUCUUUUCUUUUCUUUUCUUUCUCUUCUCUCUUCUGUUCUAGUCUCUUCUUCUUUCUACUGAUGAUACGAUUCUAUGGUUAUGGUUGAUGCUGUUAGUCUCAGCCCUAGUUUACGUAGCUAGAAGUUUUAUGAUGAUGAUGAUGAUGAUUAUGAC